GACCUGGAACUCCCCGCCUUCUCCCAAUAACCGCCUUUGCCCCAGCCCGAUACCCUGGGGCACAGAGUGCCGGACUACCCCAUUGGUUCCUACACAUCAAGGCCUGCAGACUGUAGCCUGGCCAUUGGGGGGCGUCAGGAUCGCAUCCUCCAGCUGAUUCGCGAGGUGAGACGCCGGAGACUGGCAAAGAGAGGGGCUCAUGGGGUAGCGCCUGCAUCUCCAGGUUUGCAGUAGCUAGCACCGACCAGGAACCUGGGUUUUUGAAGCACCAAGUCUUAGAAUCUUGGAAUUCUAGAACGCUAAAAUCUCCACGUUUCCCUGAAUCUUAUCCUCUCUUACGUGUCAUAGAAUCUUUAGAAUCAUAGAACCCUAACAUCCAGAACCAUGUAGCUUACCAAAUCCCACAUGCUGGGGAGAAAUGAGAUGUAAAAAAAGGGGUAGAGAAUAGCUGUGUGUGCUUUUUCUGUAUGUGCCUCAGUUUCCUUAUCUGUAAAAUGGGAUAACACGCAUCCACUUAGUAAGUAUUCCAGCGUAACAUGGGCUACCUGAUGGCCUCUCAAACCUUGCCAAAUGCUGGGGCAGCCAGGAUUUGGUCUCAGGAGCUGAAUUUCUAGGGAAGUGAUGAUGAGACACUUGUGAUGAAUAGUUGAGAAAAUUCAUGAGGGAAAGUCAUAGGUGGAGAGCCACUCUGGGCCCAGGGGGCUUGAUCUAGAAGAGCAAAUGAAAGGUGGCAUGGAUAGGCAUUGGAGCCCAAGCUAUGCCCCAAAUCUUUAAGUUGCCUUUACUGUGUCUGGGAAGGCCCUUCUGGUCUGGUGCCCGCAGACCUCACUAGCCUUGUCUUGUGUCACACCCUGCUCUCCCUCCAUCUCUGAGUUUCAACCGUAUUGGCCCCUCAGUUCUUCAAAUGUGCCAGACUCCUUUGCUUCUACAAGCCUUUCAUGUGUUGUUCCCUGUCUCUGGAAGUCUUUCUUCACUCUUUGCCUUAUAAAUUCUUGAGACUUUAGGACUCCAGUUAAAUGUCACUUCCUCUGGAAGGCCAGGUUUGGAAUCCCUCCCAGACUAGUUCAUAACACCUGCUCUCAUAGCAAUUGUGACUAAAUUGUAAUUAUGUGGAUUUGUUUAGCAUCAGUCUUCUUUGCCAGUCUGUAAAUCAUGCUUGUGCAGACACUUAUAUCCACAGCGUCUAAGACAGCGCUUGGCCUAUGAUGGUUGUUCGAUAAAUCUUUGUGGAAUCAGUAAUGAAUGAAGGGCCUUGUGGCUAAAAGGAGGAUACUGGUAACUGGAGGGUGUGCUUUGCAUCUAAAUGUUCAAAGGGAGGCAGCUGCUAGGAGCUAAAAGACCAUGGACUUGAAGCUGUACAGUUCCUAGUUUGAAUCCUGGCUCUCCUUAGGUGGAUGUUGGAAUCCUUCAUUUUUCCAUUUCAAUUGGGUUGUAACAAUCACCUUUCCUUUUACUGAUGUGACCCUGACAUGUACAUUUAUUCAUUUAUUGGACAUCCAUCUCCCCAUCAGAAUGUGAGCUCAGUGAGGUCAGGGACCUUGUCUGUCUUGUUCAUUGCCGAAUCCCCAGCAUCAAGAGUACCUAGUAGACGCUCAGUGAUGACUCGCUGAAUGAAGGGAUAAAUGAGGCCAUUGUUACCUGCAACACGUUGUGUUCAAGACCUUCCAACACAGUAGCAGGGUCCAUUCUCCAUCCUUGUGCAUGUUGCACUCACAUGGUCUGGGUGUAUUAUGUGCCAUUAUUAUGUGCCAUGGCUGGCACUUGUGGCCCAAUAGCCAGUGUUCCUUGGCUGAUGGCUGUUUAUUUUAUUUAUUGUAUUGUAUUUUUUAAAUAUUUAUUUUUGAGAGAGAGAGAGAGAGGGAGAUAGAGUGUUAAUGGGGGAGGGGCAGAGGGAGAGGGAGACACAGAAUCUGAAGCAGGCUCCAGGCUUCGAGUGGUCAGCACAGAACCCGACAUGAAGCUAGAACCCAUAAGCCACGAGAUCAUGACCUGAAGUCAGAUGCUUAAAUGACUGAACCACUCAGUUGCCCCUAUUUUUUAUUUUUUAAAGUUUAAUUUUAUUUAUUUUGAGAGAGAGAGAGAGAGAGAGAGAGAGAGAGAGAGAGAGAGAGAGAGGAAGUGAGCAAAGUGAGCAGGGGACGGGCAGAGAGAGGGAGAGAGACAAUCCCAAGCAGGUUCCUCAAUGCAGCAUGGGGCUCCAUCUCACGAGUAGUGAGGUCAUGACCUGAGUCAAAAUCAAGAGUCUGACUGAGCCACCUGACUUAUGGCUGUUUAUUAUUGUUCUUCCUCACUGGUCUUUAUCUUUUCAGAAUAUCCAACUCAUUUUUAAAAAAUGUUUAUUUUGAGAGUACGAGCAUGGGAGAGAGUGGGGGAGGGGCAGAUAGAGGGAGAGAGAGAAUCCCAAACAGGCACCAUGCUCAAUGAGGAGCCCUAUUUGGGGCUUGAUCUCAGGACUGUGAGAUCAUGACCUGAGUUGAAAUCAAGAGUCAGAGUUGGAGGCUUGACUGACUGAGUUACCUAGGCGCCCCUCCAACUCAUUUUGUACACUGUGGCCCAAAGGCUACAUCUUCCCAGCCUACACACUGAUCUUACCCCUCUUGCUCAGAACUCUGUGACUCCCUAGUGUCCUCAGAAUCAAGUCCAAGCUCCUCAGCUUGGCCUUCAAGGCCCUUGCUAACCUCCUCAGCUGUACCUUCUAUCUUUUUGGCCUCUGGACUUCUCUCCACAUGCAGCACCUGUUCUCUGCUUGGCCUCUUUUCCCAUCUGGUCUGCUUGAUGAGUUCCUGCUUGUCCCAACAUUCAUCAGUAGUCACUUUUUCAAAGAAAUAAUAAAAUUUUGAGAACCGCUUUAGGUUGUGAUCAUACGUUAUUUCUAAUCCUGACAACAAUCCCCUUGGGACAGGGGCUAGUAGCUCCAUUUUACAGGUGAGAAGACUGAAGCUCAGAGAGGUCGAAGGACUUGCCCAAAGUCAUAUAGCUGAGGGGAUCAUAUAGCUUGUCUGUCUAGCUUCUGAAUUUGUCCUCUGUCUACUCUUCCCUGUUUUUUCUGUCGUCUCUGCACAAAACUAAUUAUUCCUUUACGUAUCUGCAGGAUGCCUUUAUGAUGCCUUUAUCAUACAGUGUGUCUGUUCACUCUGUUUUUCCACCAGAGUGAGAGCUCCUUGAGGACCCUCUGUGGUCCCUGGUACCUACCACAGGGCUUGGCAUAGUUCUAGCCAUUAUACGCUUUUAUAGAAUGACAAAAGAAUUCUGGAAUCUAGAAUCAUAGAAACCUGCUCCUUUCACAUUUGUUAGAAUCUUUAAUGCUUUGGAUUUUUGAACCAUGGAAUUUUAAAAACGAUUGCCUGAUUCAACCCCUACAUAGAGCAGGGAUCCUCUUGACCACAUGGCCAUUUGACUGUAUCUCUUAAACCCCUGUUUGGAUGGGAUGGCCUUGGCUUUAAGUAAACUUAAUGUAACGUAUUCCUUUUUUUUUUUUUUUUUAGUGUUUAUUUUAUUUUUGAGAGAGAGAGUGCGCAGGUGAGCCCAGGGAUGGGGAGGGGCAGAUAGAGAGGGACACAGAGGAUCCGAAGCAGGCUCUGCGUUGACAGCAGAGAGAGCCCCAUGCAGGGCUCAGACUCAUGAACCUUGAGAUCAUGACCUGAGCUGAAGUCAGACCUUAACUGACUGAGCCACCCAGGUGCCCCCUCCAUGUAACAUAUUUCAAUGGAAACUGUGUGGCUGCAGGAAAUUGCUUCUGGGGGAGUAUGAGUUGUGACUAGGAGUAGAGGGUGGGCUUCUCACAAUUGGCUUUUUUGGAGGUGAUCAGAUUGAGGAUGUGUGUCAUGGUGGUGUGACAUUUUGUCCUUCCCUUGUUCCUACAUGUGACUACCCAGGACCCUUUUGAGCCCAGCUUGUUCUUGGUGUCCAACCCCAGUCAUGUUUUUGCUUGCACACACAUUCUGACUGGGACACAGAAGAUCCAGGCUGUGAUUUUCACCCAACGUCUCAGAGCAAGUGUUAGCCUUUUGGUGUGAUGUCAUAGGGAAGGAGAGGAGGGGCUGGAAAAACAACUAGCCUUUUGGUGUGAUGUCAUAGGGAAGGAGAGGAGGGGCUGGAAAAACAACUAUUCCUCUCCUAGAACUGGAAGUCUCGCUCCUUCCAGUGGUUUCAGGCUGGAGCUCAGUGAGAAUAAGGACACUUUUUGGCAGGUGGAUGUGAACUCAGAAAGGAACAAAGUUUUUGGAGAAUCUAUUUUACUCUAAGAUGUAUUAAGCAUCUACUAGAUGUACAACCACAUGGAACAAUGCUGGGGUGUUGCAAGGUUAUAAAUGAAGUUAUGAGGUUAUAAAUGGAUUAAGAAUGGUAAAGUACUUGGAACAGGCCUGGCACAUGGUAGGUGAUUUUGUCAUUUUUUUUUUUUUAAUUUAUUUUUUAAAAUUUACAUCCAAGUUAGUUAGCAUAUAGUGCAACAAUGAUUUCAGGAGUGGAUUCCUUACUGCCCCUUACCCAUUUAGCCCACCCCCUUUCCCACAACCUCCCCAGUAACCCUUUGUUUGUUCUCCAUAUUUAAGAGUCUCUUAUGUUUUGUCCCCUCCCUGUUUUUAUAUUAUUUUUGCUUCCCUUCCCUUAUAUUCAUCUGUUUUGUAUCUUAAAGUCCUCACAUGAGUGAAGUCAUAUGAUAUUUGUCUUUCUCUAAUUUCGCUUAGCACAAUACCCUCCAGUUCCAUCCAUAUAGUUGCAAAUGGCGUGAUUUUGUCAUUGUUAGGGUUUCUGAGCCUCACUUCCCCCAGUCUCUGGAGUAGGGAUGAUGUUAUUGGCCUUACAGUGUUGUAGGGAAGAUUCAUUGGAAUACUUAGUAAUAAUAAUUGUAAUAUCAAUAGCCAAUGUUUACUGAACAUUUCCUAUGGGCCUGACAUCGUUCUGAGCGCUUUAUAUGAAUUAGCUUGUUGAAUCUUCAUAACAAUCCAAGAGUCUUAAUAAAAAUCCUUACAUGAUUCCCAUUUUAUAAAUGAGAAAAUCAGGUUAAAUGACUUGCCCAAAGUCACAUGAGGAAAGAGCAGAGUCAAGAUUUGAGCCUGGUGGUGGCAGUCACUGCCUCCUAAGCCCCUGGGUGCCAGCAUACUGUCCCUGGCGUUUUAAUAUAAUAUCUGGUUUAAUCCUCAUAACAACCCUACAGGGAUGGUAUUAUUAUCCUAUGUAUCCUUACAUUGUGGCUGAAGGUGUUGGAGCCCAGAGAGGCAGGCGAUCUUCCUGGGGACGCCCAGCAUGAGUCUGUGAUAUCAGCAUUCAGGACCUGCUUCUGCUCUGGCCCUGAUUGGGGGAUUUCUGCCUUCUUUCUGCAUUUAUCCAAUACAAGGAGGUCUUACCUCCGAUGGCAUUUAUGACUUCAGCUAUUGGGAAGCUCCCCCUUAGGGCAAGCUGAAAUCUGUCCCCUCUGAGCUCUGGGCCCCAGGGACCUCACAGAGCUUCUUAGGGUUAGCCAUACAAGUCCUUACUUCUUCCUCCUCUAGAUAUUGUUUGUUCCUGGCCCCUUCUUAUCCUCCAAACUGCUGUAGACAACCAAUGUGUACAUUGUCAAAUCUGGCCCAUUUAUGAAGAGGGAUUGAGUUGACUGUCCUCCUUGUCCUGGGCACCAACUCCUAUUGACCAAAACCUUUAGCCUCAGCCUGGCAGUGUUGAAAACUCCAGGUGAGAUCUAUAUUCAGUAUGUUGACUUUUUAUUUUUAUUUUUGAGAAAGAGACAGAGUGUGAAUGGGGGAGGGGGAGAGAGAGAGGGAGACCCAGAAUCUGAAGCAGGCCCCAGGCUCUGAGCUGUCAACACAGAGCCGGAUGCAGGGCUUGAACUCACGAGCUGAGUGAUCAUGAGCUGAGCCAGAGUCGAAUACCUAACCGACUGAGCCAUGCAGGGGCCUCUUGACUUUUGAGUGGAAGUAAAGUGGUUUGUGGUUUUAGAGACCAGCUCCAGAUAUGCUCUUGUUCCACCCCCCCCCUCCCCCCCUGCCCCUGUUUGGGGAAAUCAAACUUCCCUGGGUUUCUCAGCAUUCUCAUAAAAAGCCCUGGUAGCUUCUUGAGACUUUUCAAUACCCUGAGGGUAAAAUCUGUAGUCAUCUGUGUAGUCAAUUGCUAUGAUCCAAAAGAUAAUAAAACUUAUCUCUUUCUGAGAGGCCUAAAUGAUUAUAGCCUGUAUAAUGUUCCUAGGUUAAGCCUCUGAGGUGCCAGGAAGCCUGGGGUAUGUUCCUAAGUGGGCCAGCAUGUAACAUGCAAGCACUUCAAGUAUUCAAGAAAAAAUGAGCCUCAGAGCUUGGAGACAAGUUCAAAGACUUGUCAUAUUUAAGGUUUACUUAUGCUUUUGAGACUGCAAUUCAUUGUUUAUCUGGACACUGCUUUGGGAUUUAACAAAUUAUUAAAAGGAAUGGGAGUUUCAGUUCAUAAAUAAAACUUUUGUAGGGUGACAAAUACAAGAAUGCCCUGCUUAAAUAACAGAGUUCUUUUUUCUCCCUAAAUUCUGCAUUUUCCUAGGAUUUUGAUCAAGCACAUAAGCACAAAUCUAUAGUUAAUCAACAAGGCUUAAUAAGACAAUCUUUAAUAUUCAUCUAUUAUAAGAUCAUUGAGAUUAUAGAGCUGUGCUAUCCCAUUUGAUAGCCACUAUAAACAUGUGGCUCUUGAGCACCUGAAAUGAGGCUAUUCUGAAAUGAGAUUUGCCCUACGUGUAAUAUACACACUUGAUUUCAAAGACUUAGUAUGAAAAAGAAUGUAAAAUAUUUCGUUAAUUUUUUUUAAUGUUUAUUUUUUGAGAGAGUGUGAGCGGGGAAGAUACAGAGAGAGAGGGGGGCACAGAAUCUGAAGCAGUCUCCAGGCUCUGAGCUGUCAGCAUAGAGCCCGACAUGGGGCUCGAACCCAUGAGCUGUGAGAUCAUGACCUGAGAUGAAGUCAGAUGCUUAACCUACUGAGCCACCCAGGUACUCUUCAUUAAUAUAUUUUUAAAAAAUUUAUUUAUUUUUGAGAGAGAGGGAGAGAGAGAGAGAGAGAGAGAGAGAGAGAGAGAGAGUGAGUAGGGGAGGGGCAGAGAGAGAAUCCCAAGCAGGCUCCAAGCUGUUAGCACAGAGACGUGGGGCUUGAACUCAUGAACCAUGAGAUCAUGACCUGAGCUGAAAUCAAGGGUCGGACGCUUAACUGAUUGAGCCAUCCAGGCACUCCAAUAAAUUUUUUUUAAAGUUAGCUCUAUGCCCAAUAUAGGGCUUAAACUCACUACCCUGAAAUCAAGAGUUGCAUGGUCUAUGUCAGUAGGAUGCCCCACAUUAAUAAUUUUCAAAUUGGUUACAUGUCAAAUGAUAGUAUCUUGGAUACAUUAGGUUAAAUAAAAUAUAUUCUUGAAAUUAAAAAUAAGUAAAUAAAAACAAUCAAACAAAAGAUGAGCUGAGAUGGGCAGGGAUCUACCUGGCUUCUGGGGAGAUUUAUUUACUUGGCAAAGAGUUGCAAUAAAAAGAUCUUCAAGGAGGGUAGGGGAACAGUUGAUUUCUACUCCUUGAAAGGAAUUCUUCCUUGUUGCUCACCUAUAAGGUGUCUGGCUACCCUCAUGGGAAAAUUGACCUGGCUCUCAUCCCAUCAUCCUAUGGCACAGGACAUUUACUGCUUGCUGGGAGAUAUUUAAUAACUCUGUCUCUUCUUAUUAAAGAACACCUCAUGUGCACAUUUGGGAUAAAAUUAAUAAAAAUGAACAUUAAAAACCCAAGAGGCAAAAAGAGAGUCCAAAGGGGGAGAUUAAGACUGAAACAUAAGCAGGAAUUCAGAUUAAGACAGAAUGCCAUUGAGGGAGAAAUGAACAAAUACAGGGAAAAGCUGAGAGAAAGUGACUGCGAGGCCAAAAGAAAAGGACCCAGUGAGCUUGUGUGUUUAUUCAUUCAUUGAGUAUUUAUUGUGUACGUGCAGUGUGUACACACUUUAUUCUAGGUUGGAGACAAGCAGUGUAAAAAAUUUAUAUUCCAGUAGGAGGAAUCAGACUUUCAAGAGCCAAUAAGUAAAAUGUUGCUUGUCAGAUGGUAAUAAAUUUUAUGGGGGAAAAUAGAACAGGCAAGGGAAAUGUGAGAUUUAAAAUCAAGGAGUUAGGAAAAGCCUCACUGAAAAGGUGACACCAGGUAAUGAACUGAGGCAGAACAGGAAAGAAACCAGCUGUACAGAGGUUUGAAAGAGUGUUCCAGGCAGAGGGGACAGCAAGCCCAAAGGCCAAGGCUGGAGUGAGCAGGUGGGGAGGGGUGAGAGAAGAGUAACAUAGGGCCUUGAAGGGCACAGUGAGGACUUUGGUUUUCAUUCUGAAUGAUACGUAAACUGAGAAUCGAAGGCUAAGCAUGUAAAGGCCUGAAGCUCUCAGGGCAGAAUCAACUUCUUGGCUGCAGGCCCUGGAUUCAGUUCAUUAAUUUAUUCAACUGUCCCUCUAACAUUCAUUUUCCAAGCACUUAGGGAAGCCGGCUUUGCCCCAGGGAUUCUGCUGGGCACUGGAAAGGCCAGCAGGGAAAAGCCUUUCUCCUCAAGUCUGGAGGAAGAAAAGCUUUCACGGUGGGCUGAAGUCCUGUCCUCCUGCAGUGUGAUCUUGGAGAGCCAUAAACUUGGGGAGUCCGUCAUGUCGGCCGCGCCCGGUCUCCUGCACCAGGAGCUGUCCUGCCCGCUGUGCCUGCAGCUGUUUGACGCGCCUGUGACGGCCGAGUGUGGCCACAGCUUCUGCCGAGCCUGCCUGAGCCGCGUGGCAGGGGAGCCGGCGGCGGACGGCACUGUGCCCUGCCCGUGCUGCCAGGCACUCACGCGGCCACAGGCGCUCAGCACCAACCUGCAGCUGGCGCGCCUGGUGGAGGGGCUGGCGCAGGUGCCGCAGGGCCACUGCGAGGAGCACCUAGACCCGCUCAGCAUCUACUGCGAGCAGGACCGCGCGCUCGUGUGCGGCGUGUGCGCCUCGCUCGGUUCGCACCGCGGCCACCGCCUGCUCCCCGCCGCCGAAGCCCAUGCGCGCCUCAAGACGCAGCUGCCACAGCAGAAGAUGCAGUUGCAGGAGGCGUGUAUGCGCAAGGAGAAGAGUGUGGCCGUGCUGGAACAUCAGCUGUUGGAGGUGGAGGAGACGGUGCGUCAGUUCCGGGGGGCUGUCGGGGAGCAGCUGGGCAAGAUGCGGGUGUUCCUGGCUGCACUGGAGGGCUCCUUGGACCGUGAGGCAGAGCGCGUGCGGGGUGAGGCCGGGGUUGCCUUGCGGCGGGAGCUGGGGAGCCUGAACUCCUACCUGGAGCAGUUACGGCAGAUGGAGAAGGUGUUGGAGGAGGUGGCGGACAAGCCACAGACUGAGUUCCUCAUGAAAUACUGCCUGGUGACCAGCAGGCUACAGAAGAUCCUGGCAGAAUCACCACCGCCUGCCCGGCUGGACAUCCAGCUUCCUGUCAUCUCAGACGACUUCAAAUUCCAGGUGUGGAGGAAGAUGUUCCGGGCUCUGAUGCCAGCUAUGAAGGAACUGACCUUUGACCCGAGCACAGCCCACCCGAGCUUGGUGGUGUCUCCCUCCGGCCGCCGCGUGGAGUGCUUGGACCAGAAGGCGCCCCCGGCCGGAGAGGACCCGUGCCAGUUCGACAAGGCCGUGGCGGUGGUGGCACACCAGCUGCUGUCUGAUGGCGAGCACUACUGGGAGGUGGAAGUGGGCGAUAAGCCACGCUGGGCACUAGGCGUGAUCUCGGCCCAGGCCAGCCGCCGAGGCCGGCUGCACGCUGUGCCCUCGCAGGGCCUCUGGCUGCUGGGGCUACGCGAAGGCAAGAUCCUGGAGGCGCAUGUCGAAGCCAAGGAACCGCGCGCGCUGCGCACCCCGGAGAGGCGGCCGUUGCGCAUUGGGAUCUACCUGAGCUUUGGCGAUGGCAUCCUCUCCUUUUAUGAUGCCAGCAACGCUGACGCCCUCGAGCAGCUCUUUGCUUUCCACGAGCGCCUGCCGGGGCCUGUGUACCCCUUCUUUGACGUGUGCUGGCACGACAAGGGCAAAAAUGCUCAGCCGCUGCUGCUUGUGGGGCCUGAUGGUGAGGAGGCCUGAGCUGCCUGCCGGAUUGGGGAGGGGCGCAGGGUCCUGCAGGCCUGGAAGGAGACGGGUGGGCAGGGGACAGGUUGCGAGGGCUGAAGGCAGGGCCAAGGGGGUUGGGGACUGGGAACUCGGGACUCCAAAAUUUCUGAGAAGUUAAGGGUUUCAGGGGCUGGGUGGCUGUGGGGAAGGAAGAUCUAAAGUCAGGUCACUGAGGAAAUUCCAGUUUGGGAACCAGGAAGCCCAAGGAUUCCAGGAAGAAAUUGAAGUUCAGGGGAGGAGUGAAAAGGGCAGGAAUAUGGGGGAAGGGGGACUGAAGAACUCUGUAGAGCAAGGAACCCCUCACAUUCACCUCACAUUCCCCUCCUUCUUGGUGGCCUUGGGGCAGGGGUUCCAGAUUCACCAUACAGAAAGAUCUUUCACUUAGUGGUUCUCCAACUUGGCCAGGCAUCAAAACCACAUUUUCAAAGCAUGUAACAGUGACUUGUUAAAGCAGAGUGUUGAGUUUCUGGUUCACUAGGUCUGGCGGCAGACCAAAAUUUAGUUUUUGUAACAAGUUCCUAGGGUGAUGCUCUUGCUGCAGGUUACAAGUGGGGUCACCUGGAGAACUGCUGACUUAAGACACUGGUCUGUUCAAUCAGCUUCCGUUAUACGGAGUCUGUUAUCGAUAACUAUCAGCUCUCAGGCAUAGGAAAACCACAAUAUAUUCCUCUGGAGAUCGACAGCCAUUUGAAAACUGCCAGAGCCCAUGCUGAGUGAAUAAACUGACCCCCAACUAUUUCUCUCUGCCUCUGGAAUAUAUUUACUGAGUGUCUUGGACGUUGAAGAAAUACCCCAAGUUGCCAACCAAGAGGAAAAGCCUGAUGUUAACUCCAGCCUGGGCCCUGCUGCUUGUGGAGAAUAGAAAGCUAUUCCCCUAUCCCUCCACCCAUUGGCCCCUCACUGCUUACUUCCUGGUUCACACAUUCUUUGGUUUUAGCUCAAAGGCCCAUUUCUUGGACUCUGGAGUAACCACUGACACCCAGAGAGUCCCUCUUACUUGGAGGGGCCUUGGGGGACUCAGGCAGGUGGGAUUAGAGGCUACUGCCCCUCCUGUCAUGAGAGAAGAUGAUGGUGUGGGGCCAUUUGCUCUCCCAGGUCAGGGAUGCUGCUGCUGAUGUGUGAAAGGGCCUGGGGAGUCCUGGAAACUGGUGCCAAUAUGGGAAUUUUCUUGGGGGUUAGAGAGAAAAGAAAGUGGGUAGGAUAAGGGAGGCCUCAGGUCUGGCUGUGUCUCCCAGAGGAAUAGGUCUGGGGAGAAAGGAUUAAUUUGAGAAGUUGUUUCAUGAUAGAAAGUAAAAUAAAAGGGUUAGUUGGCUGUGAAAUCCAGUGGCAUUAAUAGAGAUGAUUAUAUUCAGACUCUUUCCCCAUUAAAUCUGUGUGAAAGACAAAUGACCUAUUGCCUAUUGUCCACCUGGCUUUCAUUCUUGGCCCAUUUAAUAUUUCUUUAAUUUUUUUUAACGUUUAUUUAUUUUUGAGGCAGAGAGAGACAGAGCAUGAACGGGGAGGGUCAGAGAGAGAGACACAGAAUCUGAAGCAGGCUCCAGGCUCUGAGCUGUCAGCACAGAGCCUGACACGGGGCUCGAACUCAUGGACCAUGAGAUCAUGACCUGAGCCGAAGUCGGACGCCCAACCGACUGAGUCACCCAGGCGCCCCGACCCAUUUAAUCUUUCUAAAAACACAAAUGUUGUCCUAUGAUCCAGUUGCUCAAAACUUUCAAAAACUCCUUGCUGCCUGCAAGAAAAAGCCCUAGAUAUUUGGCCCUGCAUCUGAGAUACCCUGCUAUUCUCCAGCCUCAUCUUGUGCCACUUUCCUGCAUACAUCUUCACUCUGGCCCUACUGAACUCCUGGGGUCCCUGCAGCACCAAAGCACACAACUAUCUGUUAGGAAUGCCUUUUGCCUCUCACUCACCCUACAGGAAUUUCCCCCAAACCACCUUCUCCUAUCCUCUCUUGACCUUAGCACGUCUUUGCAAGGUGCAUUCCAUUGCACUCCCUGUCAUGAGCUGGUGAUGUCCAAGAGCCCAAAGCUACUUUCUGAGGAAUUGGGUACUUUGAGAAACAGAUGUCAAGACAGCAUUAAAUGUGCAAGGAUUUUAUGAAGGAAGAUGCCCAUGUGGGAGCAAAUGGGGCUGUCAGAUUGUGAUGCCAGUCUGGCCCUGAGUGAAGGAGAGACAGCAGGAAGGUUGGGUGGCAGUGUCCUCAGUAGUUGUGGGGGUUUCUCUACAAGCUACCUGUGCAAGGAGCCUGCGUGUGCUCAGAAGGGGCCUGCCUUUGUGUCCCUGCCAUGCUCUGUUACUGCCGGGAGCAGCCUAUGGGAUGGCUGUCACAGCUCUUCAGCUGCUGCCCUCAGUCUUUGCUCCCCUUUGUUGGAGUUCUAUCAGGAAAAUUUCUUUUCACACCCUCCACAGGUUCCUUCUACAUAAGGUUACCCUGGCUUGAGCUUGUGCAUUGAGGGAAGUGACGUUGUGACAUGGUCUGUGGCUGCCUGAGUGAGAGAGGGGGUCCCUGAGGCAAAGGCUGUCAUGAUGGGGCAAGUUUGUGGGAAACUUUGCCUAGUUAGAACGUUCCUUUUUGAGUGGUGGCCACCUGACCCAUCCAGAAUCUCCCUGGUGAUGUUGGAAGGUAAAAUGGGAAACCAGAACUGGGUCCCCCCCGCACUUGUGUCUCAAAAGAUCAGAAUCUUCUCCUUUAGUACUCCCCGCUCAUGGAGACUCUGGAAAUCCAGAGCAACUGGCUGCUGAGAGGUUUCCUGAACCUCGUGACUUCCUUGUGUACAAGAACAAACUGGCACCCGUCAAGGCCAUGCUAGACUGCAAGGAAAACCCUUUAUCAAGAGCUUGUUAUUUGAUAUGUGUCCUCACAGCACUAGGCUUCACAAUGACAAAUGCCUGACCAGGCUCUGUUGCCUCUUUCCCCGAAGUUCAAGUAACCCCUGAGAACAUGAUGAUAUACCAUGAAAGACCCAAAUCCACAGGUACAUGAUGAAUCUUAGAGUAUCAACUUUACACCAAGAUUAUUAUUCUUUUUUUAAAAAAAUGUUUAUUUUUGAGAGAGAGAGAGAGAGAGAGAGAGAGACAGACAGACAGACAGAGUGUGAGUGGGAGAGAGGCAGAGAGAGAGGGAGACACAAUCUGAAGUAAGCUCCAGGCUCCCAGCUGUCAGCACAGAGCCUGACACAGGGCUUGAACUCACGGAUGGUGAGAUAGUGACCUGAGCCGAAGUCCGACGCUUAAUCGACUAAGCCACCCAAGUGCGCCAAGAUUAUUAUUAUUCUUGGUAUGGUGGUGGUGAGAAAGUUGUGUAAUUUAACCAAUAAGUAAACAUUGCAGACAUCAGGUUCGUAUUAAAACAAACAUAUAUAUACUUCUAUUCUCAAGUUAGUUAACAUACAGUAUAGUCUUGGCUUCAGGAAUAGGAUCCAGUGAUUCAUCACUUACAUACAACACCCAGUGCUCAUCCCAACAAGUACCCCCCCUUUUUUUGUUUAGUAUAUGUGCUGCCGAAGUGAGCACCCAAGAAGUGCCCUCCUUAAUGCCCAUCAUCUAAUUUCUCCACCAUCAACCCUCAGUUUGUCCUCUGUAUUUACGAGUCUUUUAUGUUUUGCCUCCCUCUCUGUUUUUAUCUUAUUUUUCCUUCCCUUCCCCUAUGCUCACCUGUUAAGUUUCUCAAAUAAAACAAACAUAUUAUGGAGUACAGAAUUGACAUGAAUUUUUGAGAUUAAAUAAGAGAUGUUCACAAACUUUUGCAUUUGUACUGGCUGUUGGGAUCUAGAUCCUCAGGGAUGUGAAUUCUUAAAAUUAUUUUUA